CUUGAGUGAAUUACCGCUGGCUGGAACAUCGACCAGGACUUUUACUAUUUUUUUUCUUGUUGUAGCCGCUCCGUGUUUUCUUCGCGUCGUCCCACAUUGUGCAGUAGGAGUGUAGCAGCGGAGCCACGUGUACAGGAACUGGAAUCUGACAGCUGGCCUCAGGUCAGUUUUACCAGCUAGCAUUUAGCCCCAGCUGGCACUCUCUCACUCCCACAGUCGUUUGAACUUCUCCGUAGUGUCGUGCAGUCGUCGUGCUUGCCAGUCAUGGCUGUUUGUAGGAAACUGUGCUGCGGAAACCUUCUGGCUGUGUCUCUGCUUUUCUGCGUCCUGCUCCAAACCGAGGACGUGCGCGCGCGGCCAGCCAAUAUGUCGGCCUUUAAAGAUAAGUCUCCUCCGAACAAGGACGAGAACGAGAUUCUUCCCCCAGACCACCUGAACGGGGUGAAGAUGGAGAUGGAUGGCCACCUCAACAAGGACUUCCACCAGGAGGUGUUCCUGGGUAAAGAGAUGGAGGAGUUCGAGGAGGACUCCGAGCCGAGGAGGAACAGGAAGAAGCUUAUUGACAUAUUCACCAAAGUUGAUUUCAACAAGGACAGGAGUGUGAGCGCCAAGGAGAUGCAGCGCUGGAUUAUGGAGAAGACGGAGGAGCACUUUCAGGAGGCCAUGGUGGAGAACAAGAACAGUUUCCGAGCUGUAGACCCAGACGGCGACGGUCACGUGACGUGGGAUGAGUACAGAGUCAAGUUUCUGGCCAGCAAAGGUUUCAAUGAAAAGGAAAUCGCUGAGAAAAUAAAGAAUAAUGAAGAUCUGAAACUGGACGAGGAAACUCAGGAGGUUUUGGAGAGCCUGAAGGACCGCUGGUUUCAGGCCGACAACCCCCCCGCUGACCAGCUGCUGAAUGAGCAGGAGUUCCUGUCUUUCCUGCACCCUGAGCACAGCAGAGGCAUGCUCAAAUACAUGGUCAAGGAGAUAGUGCGUGACUUAGACCAGGAUGGUGAUAAGAAGCUGACACUGUCGGAGUUCAUCUCCUUACCCGUGGGCACCGUGGAGAACCAGCAGGCUCAGGACAUCGAUGACGACUGGGUUCGGGAGAGGAAGAAGGAGUUUGAGGAAGUCAUCGAUUCAAACCGUGACAACAUUGUCACCAUGGAUGAACUGGAGGAGUACAUGGACCCCAUGAACGAGCACAACGCUUUGAACGAGGCCAGGCAGAUGAUCGCGGUCGCAGACGAAAACCAGAACCACAACUUGGAGCUGGACGAGAUUCUCAAGUACAGCGAAUACUUCACGGGCAGCAAGCUCAUGGAUUACGCCAGAAAUGUUCACGAGGAGUUCUGAAGACAAACGCAAACCCUCCCCCUUCCCUCUCAUUCUCCAUCUGCUACAGGGACAAGCCUGAGGAGGGGGCCCAACCUAAUCGUAGGAUGAUCUAGUGUGCAGUUGUGUGUUUAAAAGCCUAGCCUUAACGGCCUCUUUCACUGCUGACUAAAACGAAUACGUCCCUCCUUCAGCCCUGGACUGUCUGCCAGCCAUCACCGUUAACAUGGUCUGCCUUCUGUGUGCCAUUGGACUUUCAUGACUUUUAAAUGUUGGGCUUCUCCAUGAAUUUGAGGCACCGCAGCAACUCCAAAUUUCUUUGUGUAAUAUUGUGAAAUGUGUGUAUAUGAGGAAUUUUAACCCUGACUAGAUUUUUCCCGUUUUCCGGUGCGGUAGUGAGAGAGACGGCGCAGCUAGGCGAGCUAUUCGUUCUGCAGGAUCUGUUGUCUUCAGCUGUAAAUAGUAAUCGUCACAUACCAAUGCCUCUGAAAAUAAAUCGAAUGCUGCUGGAAGGAACCACCCUAAUAGAGAUAUCAUAUCGCCAUGAACAGUUUAUUGGUGACGCACAAAACACCACUUCAUUCCCCCAAAUACAAAAAGCUUACUCGUUAGUGGUGUACACUUCCACUACUUUGCAUAAUAGUUAGUAUCCGUCCUUCUACUUAUAAACAGGGUAUUGAUUGUGUAAAAAAAACAAAACCAAAAAAAAAAUAACGUACAAAGAUCCUACUUAGCACAGACUUUCAUUAAUAAUUUAUUGUCAGAGUAAUACAAAAUGUAGGCAAAGAGAUUAAUAUAUGAGCUUUCUUCACAGCAAACAUUUUGACUUAUUGAAGGAAAAGCACCGGUGUCACUGGUUUGCAUUCAUAGCGUUAACAUAAUUAGUCUCACCUGUGUGUGUCAGGUCAAACUGUCUCCUGUGGUUAAGGCCUGGCAGUCUGAUUCACCCUCGUGUUAAGAUGUGGAUACAGAUGGAUUUAUUUAUUUGACUGAUUAUAAUUUGGAUCAUUGCAUCUUUGAACAUCGCACAGGUUUGAAUUUCCUUUUACUACGUGUAGUAAGAGGCAGCUCUUGGGUGUCCUUAUCUGGGUUCACGAAGGAUAGAUAGCUCACUCUUCAUCAUGUUCACCUGGUAGAUUUCGAAUGCUCUUGGUUACAAUUACCUGCACCUUGUGUUUUUUUUUUUAAAUGAACGAUGCAUGAACGAACUGUGGAGUUACAUUCCUCCAUUUUGUUGAGAUUUUCAGAAACCUGUGGCGUGUUUGGAUCCUGCUACAGGCUCCUCUGUCCUCGGUCCUGUUUGAAUUGUAAGAUAAGAUUUAUGAUAACAGAAUGUGACACAGCUUUAUAAAAUGUAUUGCAGAUAUAUUGGUCAACAAUAAAUAUUUCUUAUCAAUUAAA